CUGAACAUUGGAGGAAAAGAGGAGAAGCCAGAGAAGCCAGAGAAAAGCAGAGCGCGGCCAGAGCCUGAGGGAAAGGAGUCCAGAGAGGAGAGUGGGUGGGACUUAGUGAUGAGACCGUCUUGCUGCCAGAGGCUUGAGGCAACCAUUGAUUGGGCUGGGUCAGAGGUAGCCUUGGAAAGGAGUGGGGCACUGUGUUCUCCUACACAGGAGGGCAGAUCAACACAGAAGAAAUGGACUGAGUGGAAAAAAGGGAAAUUGAGGGUGAAGUGGGCCUUCCUCCGACCUCUUAGAGACAAAAGGCCAGGUGGGGCUCUGGUCUUUGGAGAGCAUAACAGGUUGGAAAAGGCCAUAGGAGUCAGCCAGAGAUGACCUUGAGGAAGCUAGGAAGGUGUGUGUUCUCAUCCUCACACUGAUGACAAUUCAUUCACAGUGAUAGCUAUUGUUAGAGUUCUUAUUUUUCACAUAUUAUUGAUGUGGAGAACAAAGGCAAAAGGAAAUGUAGAUAAAAUUAAAUUUCCUUAUUGCCCAUUGACAAAUACUUGAGGCAGGCAGAAUAAGACAUUCCUCCGGGAACUCCCAACUGUCUGAAUGUUAAUGCCUGGCUAGAGGCAAAAACAACCUUAGCUUGAGGAUAGUCAGGCCUCUAGGAUCUGUAAAUCUUGGUCACCAGACCAAGGAUUCCAAAAUCCUUUUGGAAACUUCCCUGUGCCUUUACCUUCCCCAAUCCCAACUAUGUGAUCGGUCACCCCUCACACUUACAGCGCAGCUCUUUCUGCCCACAAGGGGUCCUGACCCCGUGUCUUAAUAAAAACACCUUGUUGCACCAAAGAAGUCUGAAGAAUUCUUUCUUGGCCCUCGGCUCCAAACCCCAACACUUCAAACUGCAUCAUUUUGGCACCCCAACGUGAGGCCUGCGUCUUCUCAUCUGGACUCUGAGCCUCGGUGCAAACUUGGUUAAGUACUCCUCUCCUCUCCCUUUACUUUCAUUUCAGGAGCUUUUCAGGGAGUAUGGUCUUAUUGGAACACUCUCAUGUCAAUUGCUCAGGCUGCAAUCCUCUAACCCACGGCUCCUCUAUGGGGAAGAGAAAGCCUGCCUUUUGGCUGGAAGUUAGUACCUUGGCCGGAAUGCUAAUAAAGACUCAGAAACUUGAUGCCCUCUCUUUAUUCCCAUUCUUAUACAAAAGUUGUCUGUGUUGGGCACAGGACAGCCACCUAACUCACCAGGACAGCUCAGUCUUAAGACUCCCGUGUGAGGUUUCCUCCUCAUUGGUCUAAUGUGACACCCUUCACAUCUCUGGCCUAGCUGCUUCUGGCCUCGAGACCUCCACUUGGAGCACAUCAAAACCAGUAACCGACUGAAUUAAACCCAACCAGGAUCUUUCCCUAGGGAAGCUGGUUGUAAAGACUACAUGUAUUGGAAUGUCAGUUAGAUCAUGAUGGAUUUCUGUCUUUACUGUUUUCCAUCAGUGUCCCUUACUGGCUACUUAAAUUAUAAAGUUGGGUAAUUUCCCCUUGAGAAACUCUCCUAGUGCUUUCUAUGGGUUAAAAAGGAAGGAUUCUUCAAGGCAAAGCAUGUAUUUUGAUCCAUUCAGUGCUACCCAUUUAUAGUCUAGAAAGCAAAUGGGGAAGGGGAAGGUGGUAGCUAGUAUCCCUCCUACAGGUCUUUACAGUGGGAAUGGUGACCAACAGCGGUUUCGUUCAAAGAAUGCCUCAGAUUGCUUUUGAUACCAAGAAGCUCUGACAUGUCCUGCGCCUGGGAUGUCACCCAGGAGACAGGGGCAGGGGAUGUUUGGCAGUGGACCUUUUCUACUUUUCUAGAAGCAUGGGAGCUUCUUCAGCCCCCAAGGAUUCUCCCUUGGGAUGCCUUUUAACUCACGGAAAUCAAUUCAGAUUGUAAAAUCUAGGAAAGAAAAAACUGAUCUUCUUCUGUAACAUUGCAUGGCCUCAGUACUCCUUAGGAGAUGAGGGGAGAUGGCCAUUAUUGGGACAUUAAGCUUCUGUAUGAUCUAUCAGAUCUCUUCUGCAAGAAGCAGGGAAAAUGGACUGAGGUACCUAUAUCCAGGCCUUCAUGGCCCUAAGUCAGGAUUCGGACGUGAGGGCCUAUUGUAGAAUGUGUUACCACCAACCAGGUUCAUAAACCCCAUCUGGAUAUACUGGAUGAUGACCGUCUAAAUAGGCCCGUUCCUCCUAAUAAGCCAGGGCUACUUCAGGAGUCACUGACCAGUCCAGACAAAGAGGACACUGGCUCUGUUGCUAUCCCUCCUCCUUGUAGACCCCAAGACCUGUCUGCUCCCAGCCCAGCUGGACAAAGUAGGAGUGGGAUUCCUUAUCUUGCAGGAGUUCCAGCUAACUUUGGAAUGCAUCUUCUUAGGGAAGUUGCCAAUGGAGAAAUGGGCAUGAUUCAAGUCCAUGUCCCCUUCUCCAUGGCAGACCUGGCCCAGAUAAAAUAAUAAUUAGGACGGAUCAUGAUGUGUGCGGGUGACUGAUCCUUGCCAUGUCUUCUCACAAGACUUUCGGGAUCAAGCGAUUUCUGGCCAGGAAACAAAAGCAGAAUCAUCCCAUUCCCUAGUGAGUUCAGAUGAAGACUGGUAAUAAAAUCAGGUACAACUCCAAGAGGCGGCAUUGGAGAAGAACCAAGCUGGGUCUGUAAGAGAUCGCUCGUGCGAUGGCACGCAUAUUUAUGCUGCAUGAAGGUCACGUGUUCCUAUCCCAUCACUCUGUAAACCUCCCUACUACCUGAACAAUAGAUAUGCUUUAUCGGGGAAAUGAUUUUUCUCUGCUAUUAUGCUUCUGUACCAGUAGGUUAGUAAUAAAUAUGUGAGAACUUUUGACUGAAAAGAAAAAAGCAAUUAGGACAAUAUUGCGAAAACCCUUCUCAAUUUAUUGAAUUAACAAUUAACAAGUGUAUAUACUGUUUGAUUUGACCUGGCAAGAUAUAUACAUCAUAUUAACUCGUUGCACCCAUGAGGAAAGGAACUGUAUCGGGGAUGUAUUUGGAAUAUCUCUGGCAACCAGAGAUAGGGAACGUUAUCGGGUAGGGGGCGCUGCUGUUCCAAAUACCGAAGCACACUGAACUUAUCAGGAGGACAGACAAGGAAGGGAAAGGUAAGAUCAUGUGAUUACUUGUUUAACAGAAGGAAUGAAAAAAGGAUUCACUAUACCUGUAAAUUUUGAUAACAUUCAGGAAGUUAUUCAAGGAGCUGGUGAGAAUACAGCUCUAUUUCAGGGUCAUUUGAUAGAAGCUAUCCGUAGAAAUGCAAAUCUGGACCCAACCUCACCUGAGGGAACAACUAUACUAAACCUGCAUUUUAUAAGUCAGCUGGCACCUGACAGCCACUAAAAACUGACUAAAAUGUCCUUAGGUCCUCAAAUCUUCCCUCUUCCCCCAGAACCUACUAGAGGUAGCAACUGGAGUCCUCAAUAAUACAGAUGUGGCCUUAAAGCAAGGAAAGGACCGGAGAGCUGAAUGCAGGGUAAAAUAUAGACUCAAAUAUUGGCUGCCACUAUUGUGGAUUCCCCACGACACCAGACUAACCAGGGGCCAAAGAAAAAGCUGGUAUCAAAGAAUCAGGUAAGACUCCAUGCUAGCACUGUGGUCAGAUCAGACAGUGGAAAAAAGAAUGUCUAAACAAAUGUUCUCCACCAGGGCCAUGUCCUGUCUGUAAGAAAAAAACGACAUUGGAAGAAAAACUGUCCUCAUCUCCAGAGAGAGAGGGAGACAGGAACUCACUUCCCUGCCUGAGAGCAGGAACCAGAGGAUCUGGCGUGAUGGGGCCCUGAGGCUGGUCUGGCUCCCUUUGACAUCAAGAUGACUGAGCCCUGGAUUACUCUGGAUGUGGAAGGCAAGUUUAUCAAUUUUGUUAUUGAUAUAGGAGCCACUUUCUCUGUUCCUAUUCAGCACUCCGGUUCUGCUUGUUUUUCUAACCAUAAAAUUGUUGGCAUAGAAGGGGAAACUACGUGCCAUUGGACAAUGCCUUUAACCUGUAUAUACAAAAGUCAAUGGGUUACUCAUGUUUUUCUACUUCUUCUGUCUUGUCCUACUCCAUUACUUGGACAAGACUUAAUGUGUAAACUGGGAAGCAGGUUUUCCCUUACUAAAGAGGCUUGUUCUCUUUAACACCUGGAGAGCUAAAACCUUAUCCUGCUAUCCCUACUACUAGCUGGAAGGAAAUAAAUCCACAAGUCUGGGAUUGUGGAUGUCCUAGGACAUCCUAGGAAGCCCUAGGACGGCUCUUAAAGCCCAACCAGUUAAAGUGAUUUUAAAGAACCCAACCAGGGGUGCCUGGGUGGCUCAGUCGCUUAAGCAUCCAACAUUGGCUCAGGUCAUGAUCUCAUGGUUCCGAAUUGGAGCCCCACUUUGGAUCCUCUGUCUCCCUCUCGUUGUCCCUGCCCCCAACUCUAAAAUAAAUAAACAUUUAAAAAAGAUAAAUAAAUAAAGGACCCAAUCACUACCCUUCAUAGAAAACAAUAUCCCUUAAAACCUGAGGCAAAGGCUGGAUUGCAACCACUUUAUUGGUAAGUUUCUCAAACAUAGUAUUUUAAAGCCUUGUCAAUCUCCUUAUAACAAUCCAAUUUUACCAGUCAAAAAGCCAAGUGGGGACUAUUGAAUGGUACAAGACUUGAGAACUAUAAAUGAAGCUUUAUGCCUGUUCAUCCCAUAGGCCCAAAUCCCUAUACUAUUUUCACCCAGGUCCCUGGUGAUGCCCACUGGUUUAUAGUACUCAUUUAAAAGACACCUUCUUUUGCAGCCCUCUAAGUGAGGAAAUGCAGCCACUAUUCGCCUUUGAAUGGGCCUCACCUUUGAGCCCCCAGGCUAUUCAGUUAACAUGGAUGGUCUCCCCAAGCCACCACUGGGAUUUAGAGACAGUCCUCACCUUUUUUGAGACUGCAUUUAGUAAAGACCUUCAUGCUAUCGCCUUGCCUCAAGGGACUACAGUUCAGUAUGUGGAUGAUAUUUGAUUCCGUAGUCCCACGAGAGAAAUGUCUGAUGGCAAUUCUGUAACUUUACUUGAUUUCUUGGCAGACAGGAGAGGGUACUGCAUCUUCCUUAAAAAGAUGCAAAUAUCUAAACAGAAAGUACAAUAUUUGGGAUAUGAGCUAACGCCAGGUCACCAUAUCCUGUCUACUGACAGGAAAAAGACUAUAUUAGAUCCUGGACCCCCAGCUAUGAGAAAACAACUCCGUACUUCCCUAGGAAUAGCAGGUUCUUCCCAGUUUACACUUUCCUAGGUAUGGAUUCCUGGAUUUGGGCUCUUAGCCAAACCAUUGUAUGGUUCAGUUAAAAGCCCUGACGAGGAACCUUUAUUCUGAACUAAAGCCCAGCAGACGGCCUUUCAAACAUUAAAAGCUUUUGCCAGCCCCCGAUUUGGCUUUACCAAAUUUAGAAAAACCUUUCACUGUAUAUGAAGCAGAAAAACAGGUACAAGCUGUGGGAGUUCUUACCCAGAAAUUAGGAAGUGAAACAAGACCGGUGGGCUAUUUUCCGAAGUCACUCGAUAAUGUCGCUCAAGGUGGCGGCUUGUCUUCGAGGGGUGGCUGCAAGAGGCCUCCCAGUAGAAGAGGCCUCAAAACUUACUCUGACACAGUCUCUGCGAGUGAUGACUCCACAUCUGGUCCAGAGUGUCUUAGAAACCAAAGGCCACCAAUGGAUGACGGGAGGCCACUUAGCAAAUACCAGGCUAGAUACACCUGAAAUAAUACUUAAAACCUGUCAAAGCUUAAGCCUAGCUAUCCUUAUGCCUGGCCAUUAUACUUGUAUGAUAGACUGCGACUACUCAGAGAUUAUUGAUCCUGUUUAUUCUAGCAGACCAGAUUUAAAGGAGUCCCCUAUUGAAAAUGCAGAUGAUAAUUGGUUUACUGAUGGCAGUAGCUUCCUGGAUAAGGGAGAGAGAAAAGCUGGAUGUGCUAUAGUUAGUUUAAUUAAGACCACUGAGGCAAAAGCCCUUCCAACAAAUACUUCUGCUCAAAAGGCUGAAUUAAUAGCACUUAUCCAUACUCUUCAAUUGCUACAUACCCAUGGAGGAAGGAAAGGGGAUUAUUAUCAAGCCGUAAUUCCCCAAUCAAAUAUGGGCCUGAAACUAUUUCUUUUCUUUUCUUUUCUUUUUUUUCUAAUGUUUAUUUAUUUUUUGAGAAAAAGAGACAGAGCACAAGCAGGGGAGGGGCAGAGAGACAGGGAGACACAGAAUCUGAAGCAGGCUCCAGACCCUGAGCUGUCAGCACAGAGCCCAAAACAGGGCUUGAAUUCACAGAGUGCAAGAUCAUGACCUGAGCCGAAGUUGGAUACUUAACUGACUGAGCCAUCCAGGGGCCUCUGAAAUUAUUUCUCUUCUUGAGGCUGUAUAUCUAUCUAAGGAGGUAGCUGCAGUUCACCUCAAAGGACCUCAGAAGGAUAUGAUCUUAGGGGGACCUGGGUGGCUCAGUCGGUUAAGCAUCUGACUCUUGAUUUUGGCUCAGGUCAUGAUCUCACAGUUUGUGAGAUUGAGCUCUGCACAGGGCUUUGUGCUGACAGUGCAGAGCCUGCUUGGGAUUCUCUCUUUCUCCCUCUCUCUGUCCUUCCCCCACUUGCAUGCAAACAUUCUCUCAUUCUCUCUCUCUCUCUCUCUUUCAUAAAUAAACUUAAAAAAAAAAAAAGGAUAUGAUCUUAGAAUCUAAAGGAAACAACUUGGCAAACCAUGCAGCCAAACAGGCAGCGCAAAAUAAAUAUUCAGUCUCAUACCAAUCUUAACUCCAAUAAAGUCCAUAAUUCCAAUCUAUUCAGACCAAGAAAUUCACAAAGUGCAGGAAUGAGGAUAUUCAAAAAAUGCAUAGGACUGGCUUGUUAAUAAUAAGGGAAAAAUCUUUAUACCCAAAAAUAACCAAUGGAAGAUAAUACAGGGUUUACACCAGGCUACUCAUUUGGGCAAAAUACUUUAAAACAUUGUAUUAAAAACAUAUUUGAUCGAAUAAAUUUAACAGCUACAAUAAAACUGGUCUGCCGAUCCUAUGUUGUUUGUGCACAAGUAAAUCUGGAAGACACAGUCUGCCCUCCCCCACUUUUAAAACCAAUCCAAAGCCAUAGGACAUAUCCAUAAGAGGACUGGCAGCCUGAUUUCACACAAAUGCCUCCUUGCAAAGGCUAUGAGUUCCUACUGGUGUUUGCUGAUACUUUCACUGGGUGGAUCGAGACUUUCCAUGUAAAAUGGAAAGAGCCACGGAAAUAACCAAAGUUUUCUUGCUAGAAAUUAUCCCUAGAUUUGGCCUCCAUGAGCCCUUCAGAGUGACAAUGGUCCUUCUUUUACUAUGCAAAUAAAUAGCACAAGAUUUUAAAAUUAAAUAUUUUGGAGGUGCCUGGGUGGCUCAGUUGGUUAAGCAUCAGACUUGAUUUCAGCUCCUUGCUGGGCAUGGAGCUUGCUUAAGAUUCUCUCUCUUCCUCUCCCUCUCCCUCUGCCCCUUCCUUGCACCCCACCCCCCACCUCAGUUCUCUCUCUCUUUCUAAAAAAAAAAAAAAUUAAA